AUGUCUACCGUACUUUCCGCUAUAUUUUGCGCUUUGUUCACUGAUACGCUGGGAAUUACGAAUCGGACGGUUACCAACAUGGGCAGGGAAAUUUGCAAUCAACGCAAUGAGCUGCAUAACAUCAAGCAAAUAAAGAAAUUCGCCCACGGAGAGCCUUGGGUCAAUUUUGCGCUGGUUCGAGAACCGGCUGAACGAUUCCUCAGUGGAUUCAUGUAUAUGUGCAGUCCGUGA